GCCAUCACUGGAAACAAGUUGUAAGUAAUUUGAGAGUAAGAAGUUGCCUACGCAUUGUGAUACUUUCGAAUUACUUCGUGCUUACAUUACGGUAUUGCCUUCAUAUUAUUCUUAUAAACUGAAGUGAGCUUCAUAUCGAUUUUCAGCAAAAAUUAUUUGACAUUCCGCAUUAUUUCUUAAACAUUUUUUAUAGAGAUUAUUAUGCGGUAUGAAACACUCGGCAAAUUCUCAAGUACGCUACUCGCCUAAACAUUUAUCAUCACGUUGGAAAUAUCGCACAUGAGUCUUAACAAAUCCGAACCUCUACAAUACAAACACCGAGUAGGACUUCAUUAUAAAAAUGUUGGAUUUCUCAUUAGCGGAAUGUAUGGUCGCGUGUAGCGGCGUUCUGCUCAUGGUGCUAUUGUUAACUGAAAUUUUGGAUGGGACGCAAUUGUUCUCGUGGAUGGAAAACGACUACCGUCCGCCUGCCUUUUCGUUCGGCUAUGCCGAUCAGAACGGCCCCCAUACGUGGAAAGAUUUGUAUCCUGAGAGCACCGGUAGCACUCAAUCGCCUAUUAAUAUCACCACUAGGCUCGCCAUAGUAAUGCAGCCGUCCGAACCACUUCGAUGGAGCAAUUACAACAGUGGACCUCUGUCGAUGACUAUCGCAAAUGAUGGCCAUACUGUGAUACUCCGGGGAUUUUGGACCAGCACCAGGUGGCCGCAGCUGCAAGGAGGACCUUUGACCGAUACAUACGAUUUGUUCAACGUUCUCUUCCAUUGGGGUCCGUCAAACGAGGAGGGCAGUGAACACACAUUGGACUACGUCCGUUUUCCUAUGGAACUGCAGAUCAUUCACAUAAAACGUGGAAUUAAAUCGCCCACGGAUGCGAUCGCGCUUGGCGUAAAAGACGGAAUAGUGAUCACUUCGUUCUUCUUUCAAAUAAAUGACGCGGAUAAUCCUUACUUGGAUCACAUCGUGAGCAAUUUGUGGCGCAUCACCUGUCCGGGAUCUAAAGUUUACAUACCUCCUUUCCCAUUGGAGUGGAUCUUUGCGCCUUUCAACAGAGAUUAUUAUACGUACAGCGGUUCUCUUAGUCAGCCACCCUGCAGUGAAAUUGUCACAUGGAUUGUGCAGCAAGAACCAAUCGCUGUAUCCUCAUCUCAGAUGGAGAAAUUUCGAAAAAUCUGUUCAGCAGAGGGCCCAAUACUUUCGAAUUGUCGACCAGUUCAACCGUUGAACGAUCGCGACGUUUAUUUUUAUGAAGAAAGCUUGUCGCGCAAUUGAUAUACAAUCAUUUCAUCGGAUCGUUUGGUCAAAAUGAUGAAGCACAUGUAGAAAACUUGUCAUCUUAUUAAUAUGUUAAUUUCAGGACACAUUUAUACAAUGUAUGUCAAAUUAAUGCCAAAUUCAACGUAGUAAUAUUGCUCUUUAGGCAAACACAAAAUUUAUAAAAUUUAUGUUAAGAAUUACUGCUUGUACCAAUGCAGUUACUUAU